AUGAAUAAGCACAUCAAGGGGGUUAACUGUCGCAAGUCUCUCACUAAGAGACCAAAUAUCAAGCAGCUUCUAGAGAAUGCGUCCCAGGCCCCUGCUAGACCUAUGGUCUCUACCCAGGAAUCCUGGGAGCCUAAACUCCUUAAACUUCUCACCACAUCGCGUUUUCCCUUCCAAUUUAUUGAGUAUCCCAAGUUCUAUGAUGCCUUUAUGGCAAUUACAGGCUACUUCAUUGAUGAAGCUUGGGAAUAUCAGGAGAUUUUACUCAGCUUUAAUCCCUUUCUAGAUCACACACUAGUGUCAAAUUAA